AUGAUUCAAGAAGCCGACAUCGGAAUCGGAAUCAGUGGAGUUGAGGGAAUGCAGGCGGUUAUGUCGAGCGACAUCUCAAUUGCUCAAUUCCGGUUUUUGGAACAAUUGCUAUUAGUCCAUGGACAUUGGUCUUACCGAAGAAUUUCUUCAAUGUUAAGAAUUCUAUAUGCUAUUUUUUCUAUAAAAACAUCGUAUUUGGAACCACGAUUUUCUUGUAUGAAGCUUAUGCAUCAUUCUCAGCUCAACCUGCGUAUAAUGAUUGGUAUUUGUCUCUUUACAAUGUCUUCUUCACAUCGCUUCCUGUCAUUGCAUUGGGAGUAUUUGAUCAAGAUGUAUCUUCUCGAUUUUGUCUCAAGGUAUUGA